AUGAAGAGCUUUCUACUUGGCCUUCUAUCUGUUUCUGUUCUUGUUGCAGCAGCUGAAGCUCAAAGCGUUGCUGAGGAGGAUAAUGGUCGAGCAAAGCGACUAGCAAUGAUGCCGCAAUUAGGACUUGGGGGCGGAAUGCGACCAGGAUUUGGAGGUGGCAUGAGGCCAGGGUUUGGACAAGGAGGCAUGAGGCCAGGAUUUGGACAAGGAGGCAUGAGGCCAGGAUUUGGACAAGGCGGCAUGAGGCCAGGAUUUGGAGGUGGGCGUCCUGGCCACGGUUUCGAACCAUGGAUGGGAGGAAGAGGAAAAUGGUGA